UCAGCCUCACUUCCAUGGCUCUCUUCUUGUCUCUAAAUGGAGCUUUGAUGUUGGGAGUCUUUAUUAAAUAUCACAAGUCUCCAAUGGUCAAAGCCAACAACCGAGACCUCUCCUACAUUCUCCUCAUCUCCCUCCUCCUUUCUUUCUUGUCAUCCUUUCUGUUCAUUGGCCAGCCUGGGAGAGUAACCUGCCUUCUCCGACAAACAACCUUCAGCAUCAUCUUCUCAGUCUCUGUCUCUUCUUUGUUGGCAAAAACCAUCACUGUGGUGGUGGCAUUCAUGGCCACAAAGCCAGGAAACAGGAUGAGGGGAUGGCUGGGAAAGAGUUUGGCCAACUCCGUUGUUCUUUCUUGUUCUGGUAUUCAAGUUGGCAUCUGUGCCAUCUGGUUGGGAAUCUCUCCACCCUUCCCAGACUCUGACAUGCACUCCCAGCCUGGACAGAUCAUCCUGCAGUGCAAUGAAGGCUCAGUGGUCAUGUUUUAUACUGCCCUUGGCUACAUGGGCUUCCUGGCUGCCAUCUGUUUCAUGGUGGCUUUCCUAGCCAGGAAGCUGCCUGGGGCAUUCAACGAAGCCAAGUUAAUCACCUUCAGUAUGCUGGUCUUUUGCAGUGUUUGGGUGUCCUUUGUGCCUGCCUAUCUGAGUACGAAAGGGAAAUACAUGGUGGCCGUGCAGAUCUUCUCCAUCUUGGCCUCCAGUGCUGGGUUACUAGGCUGCAUUUUUAUUCCCAAAUGCUACAUUAUCGUGUUGAGACCUGAUCUGAAUACGAAGGAGCACCUCAUGAUGAAAAAUAAGGAGAAACCAUAUAAAUGUUUGGAGUGUGGAGAGUCCUGGCUGCAGAGCUCCCCCCUCCCCCAGGCCGGGACUCCCACCACUGCCAGCCUUGGCCACCUGCAGCCACUGCGGCAUCCACCUCCUUCGCCUGCUCACUCCGCCCACCCUCCUUCCAUGGAUCAGGUGCCCAAUCGAUGGAAGGAGGAUGGGUGCCAAUGGGUGGGCGUGGCCAAAGGAGGCAGCUGA